AAUUGAUGUAUUGGCUGUCAUGGAAUCAUUAUCCUCAAAAAAGCCUAAUCCAUUUAUUCUUUUAUAUACAUAUAUAUAUAUUUGAAGUUCUUUUUCCUGGGUAUUAUAUAAAUCUAAAUCUUGUUCAGUUCUACGCUUCAUGCUUGUUUCUGUAGUCAUGAGAAAUGGUGAAGAAGAUGAUCAGAAAGAAAUGUUUGACUACUCUCCUGGUUAUGAUGAUGAUGAGUUGAUGAACAUGGAAAAUGGUGAUCAAACUGCAACUUCUAAAUCAUCCAUGGAAGACUAUUCAAGAACUUGCUCUUCAUCCUCAGACCUGGUAGAUGAUGCAUCUUCUUCAUCAACUUCAAUUUUGUCCACCAAUUGUAAAGGACCUUUAUAUGAAUUAUCACAACUCAUGGCUCAACUUCCUAUCAAGAGAGGACUUUCAAAGUAUUUCGAGGGAAAGUCUCAGUCGUUCACAUGUCUGACAAGUGUUAAAAACAUACAAGAUUUUGCAAAGAAAGAAACUCGUUACAAGAAGAAAAUGAAAGCAUGUAAAAGGUAUGGGGGUGGAUUAAUGGGGGAUACCCAUAAAUUGUAUACUCUUCCAAAGCCCACCAUUUCAAAAAAAGUCUCGAGAAAUUCUAUGCCAGCUGCCUUGUGUUUCGCAGCCAAAACAAGUUGCAGUCGGCCCCCUCUAUCUCAUCUACAACGUAACAACUUUUCAUCUGUUUAGGGCUUUUAGAUCAAACUGACAUUGUUAUCUUUCCUCAAAUUAUAGUUAAAAAUAUUCCAAUGACCUUGUUGUCUUCAGAA